UUUACCCAAAAAUAAAAUAAAAUUGGCCACUAACUCGUUAUCGUUUUUCUACGCUACCAGCUGAUCAGAUAAGAGAGAGAGAGAGAGAGAGAGAGAGAGAGGAGUAUGGCUCUGGUUGACGGACCACUGAUAGCGGAGGUGGACAUGGGGGCCGACUUAUCUGCGCCAACCGUCCGAGCGACCGUAGUUCAGGCCUCCACCGUCUUCUACGACACCCCUGCCACCUUAGAUAAGGCUGAGAGAUUGCUGGCAGAGGCGGCUUCUUAUGGUUCACAACUAGUUGUAUUUCCAGAAGCCUUUGUGGGUGGUUAUCCUCGUGGCUCAUAUUUUGGAGCCACCAUUGGCAACCGCACCCCCAAGGGUAAAGAGGAGUUUCGGAAAUAUCAUGCUGCAGCUAUCGAUGUGCCUGGUCCUGAAGUUGAUCGAUUGGCUGCUAUGGCUGGAAAAUAUAAGGUAUAUCUAGUUAUGGGUGUGAUUGAGAGAGAUGGAUAUACGCUCUAUUGCACAGUAUUGUUCUUUGAUUCUCAAGGUCUCUUCCUCGGAAAGCAUCGGAAAGUCAUGCCAACGGCCUUGGAGCGUAUAAUCUGGGGGUUUGGAGAUGGAUCAACAGUUCCUGUUUUUGAUACCCCCGUUGGGAAAAUAGGUGCAGCUAUAUGUUGGGAGAAUAGGAUGCCUCUUCUGAGGACAGCAAUGUAUGCAAAAGGCAUUGAAAUAUAUUGUGCCCCUACAGCUGAUGCAAGGGAUGUAUGGCAAGCAUCUAUGACCCACAUUGCUCUUGAGGGUGGUUGUUUUGUUUUAUCAGCCAACCAAUUCUGUCGGAGGAAAGACUACCCACCUCCUCCGGAAUAUGUGUUUCAAGGUACGGAAGAAAAUCUCACUCCAGAUUCAGUUGUUUGUGCCGGUGGCAGCGUUAUUAUUUCACCUUCGGGCACUGUUCUGGCGGGCCCCAACUAUGAAGGGGAGGCACUCGUCUCAGCCGAUCUAGAUCUCCGCGAAAUAGCACGUGCAAAGUUUGAUUUUGAUGUGGUUGGGCAUUAUUCAAGGUCUGAGUUGUUCAAUCUAACUGUGAUGGACGAACCGACUUGCCCAGUUACUUUUACAUCAACUUCUGGGAGCAUCAAAGGUUCCGAAAGAUCGUUCUCGAAUUCUCUGCUGAAAACUAACAAGGCACAGAUAACGAACUUGUGUGUGGGUGACGCAAGAACGAGCUUAUGAUACAAUCCUCAUUACUGGACAGAGGAAUUUGCCAUCAAAAUAGUUUUAUCGAGCAUCUCCUAUGAUCCUACUGCACGGUUGUAUUUGCAUGCACACCUAAUAAUCGUUGUAUGGUCAUUUGCCCGUGUUCACAGUUGCAGAUGGCAUGAGAUACAAACCUUUCUUACUGUUGUGGACGUGCAUAAGUAUUGUGUUUAUUACCUGUGUCGAAUGUUUUCCUUGUUUCAAUGAUCCUAGAAUUUUGCUUGA